AUGAAUUGGAGGAAAGUGGUCUUCUCCAACUAUGCAAGACCCAGAGCAGUGUUUAUACUGUGGCUUGCAUUUAGGGGGAGGCUUCAAACUAAGGACCGGUUGAUCAGAUAUGGCAUAAAUGUUGAUCCCAAAUGUGUGUUCUGCUCUGCUGAAGAAACAAUGGAACACCUUAUGUUUGAGUGCAGCGUAACAAAUGGAAUAUGGAAGAAUAUUCUGACUUGGAUUGGUUACAACAGGGGCCCUGAAAAUUGGAUGAUUGAAAGAGUAUGGAUCAUAACAGAAACGAAGAAGAAAGGAUGGAGGAGAGACAUACUCAAAACCGCCGCUGCUGAGACAGUCUAUGCCGUGUGGAGAUUGCGCAAUGAUGUGGUUUUCAAUCAACACACAUUGGAUGAUACAGUUACUAAUAGGAUAAAGGAAAUUAUAGCAAUGAGAUGUAUAGGAUAUAGGAAAUUGGCCACUCAUAUCAGUAUAGAAAAUCUAUGUAUUGAUUAG